AUGUCCUACUCAUUCCCUCAGGCGACUCCCUCCUUCCCCUCCCAACACCCCUACGGCGACAACUACUGGCGCGCAGCGAGCCGCAGUCCUAAUGGCAGAUUACCAGGUUACGGUCUCUCAGGACAGCCCACCGGCCUACCGAGCCCAAACCGCCUAAGCCCAUUCCUCAAUAACAAUCGCGCAACCCUCCCGCUGUACAAAGACAAGCCAUACUUCGCUCCCAAGCGCACGGGGCCGAGGAGUAGACGGCGCAAGGCUCUAUACGGUGGGAUAGCUCUCUUUAUCUUGAUGGUCCUGUGGUAUUGUUUGUCUGGGCCGACAUGGAAUGGCAGAGUCAAGACGCCUGAUUCAGCAAAGGGAGCGGAGCUUUGGGAGUGGGUGCAAGGUUUGGAGAAGGAGGGAUCAGACAAGAGUGGGAAGCAGAAGAAUGUCGAUUGGGAUGCCCGGAGGGAGAGGGUUAGAGAUGCGUUUAUUGUGAGCUGGGAUGGGUAUGAAAAGUAUGGAUGGGGCUUCGACGAGUUUUCGCCGAUUGCCAAAAAGGGAACACAUAUGAUCCCGGGUGGAUUGGGGUAUAUCAUCGUCGAUGCACUGGAUACGAUGAUGAUAAUGAACCUCACAUCGCGAGUUCAGCACGCACGCGACUGGAUUCAGAACUCGCUGCACUAUGACCAAGAUAGUCAGGUGAACACGUUCGAGACGACCAUUCGCAUCUUGGGCGGUCUCUUGUCAGCGCACUACAUAUCAACAAAAUACCCGAAUCUAGCCCCAAUCUCUGAUGACGAUACUGGCUCGCCUGGAGAGGACUUGUAUAUCGAGAAGGCGGCGGACCUCGCGGAUCGGUUGCUGGGAGCGUUUGAUUCUCAGUCCGGCGUGCCAUUUGCGGGAGUGAAUCUCAACACAUCGGAGGGUGUGGUGUCACAGCUCAACGGCGGAGCUUCUUCGACAGCGGAGGCGACUGCGUUGCAGCUUGAGUUCAAGUACCUUGCUAAGUUGACAGGCGAGUCGGAAUACUGGCAGGUGGCAGAGAAAGUGAUGCAAGUUGUUGACAACCAGAAGGUGGAAGAUGGUCUGGUACCGGCCUACAUUCACCCAGAUGGCAAAUUCCGAGGUGAAAGUAUCAGUGUGGGAAACCGGGGAGAUUCAUAUUAUGAAUAUCUCAUCAAGCAGUACCUGCAAACAUCGGAGCUCAUCUACAAGGACAUGUGGGACCAGUCUUUGAUGGGCAUUCGCAAGCAUCUUGUCACGUACAGUCAACAGGCACAACUGACAAUAUUGGGCGAACGACCGGACGGACUUCGUGGCUCGUUAAUUCCCAAAAUGGAUCACCCGACGUGCUUCCUUCCGGGAACAAUAGCUCUGGGAGUGACGGGGGGUUUGCCAUUGUCUGACGCGAAGAAAUCUCCAGAAUGGUCACGACGACAAGACGAGGAGAUGCUGCUGGCUCAAGAACUCAUGAAGACAUGCUGGGCAACGUACUUGACCACAAAGACGGGAUUAGCGCCGGAGAUUGCAUCUUUCGCAACGGACCAACCUCCAAAGACAAUGACCGAUAUGUACCCUCCUUCAUUGCCUCUGAAGUCGGUAUCCCAGUCGCUCGAUACGGAAGACAAGUCACAAUCGGGUUGGCGAGCGGACAUCCAGCUCCAGAACAUGGAACUGUAUAAUCUGCAACGACCAGAGACAAUCGAAUCACUUUUCUACAUCUACCGAAUUACUGGAGACGAAACCUACCGGGAGUGGGGAUGGGAGAUAUUCAAGUCCUUCAUGAAGCAUACUCCAGUAGUCGAAUACGACAACCACUACCGCUUUACUUCUCAACACAAACGCAGCGAUGGCACUGCAUCGUCAUCGCCAUCGUCGGGACGUAUUGUGGGAUUCACAUCGCUGGACAAUGCGAAUAUCGUCCCUCCCCUUCGACGAGAUAACAUGGAGGGAUGCUGGUUGUCGGAGACACUCAAGUACUUCUAUCUCUUAUUCUCAGAUAGAGAGUUCAUUCCUCUCGAGGACCAUGUGUUUAACACCGAAGCGCAUCCGUUCCCGCGGUUCCAGCCUAGUGGGGAGUUGAGGACUGGGUGGAAGCGACAGGAGCGGUGA